CUAUAACUACCAAAACAGAUACACACACACACACACACACAGAUGGAUCAUGUAAUCAGUGUGGAUGACACUGAGACUCACCGACCUGAGAGGACACGUGUCUUUAUCUGUCACCUGAGGAAACACCGACAUGGAGUCUGCUGCUGAACGGUGUGUGUGUGUGUGUGUGUGUGUGUGUGUGUGUGUGUGUGUGUGUGUGUGUGUGUGUGUGUGUGUGUUUUUCUGGACUCAGCUGCUGCAGAGAUGAUCUGUUUUUUGGUGAAAUGAGGAGAGAUGAGGGAAUGAUUAACCUGUGUGUGUGUGUGUGUGUGUGUGUGUGUGUGUGUGUGUGUGUGUGUGUGUGUCACUGUGACUGUUCCAGUGUGUGUGUGUGUACCUGACAGGAGGCGAAGGUCUGAAUGAGGGACAGAGAUCACUUAAACAAAGACAGCCGAGCAUCUGAGUCAGACAGACGGACGAGACGAGAGACGACAUGCAGGACCUCCGCCUGUAACAGAGUCUAUUCUGCUGCAUUGUUGUUAGAAGUAAGAAGUAGGUUAUUAUGCAACAAGUGGUGAAUCAAACUCAGAGGAUUGAAAAGCAUUUGUUCUAAAAAGAGAAAUAGGAACAGGUUCACCAGUGCAGGAUAUCCAUACAAGCUGAUCUUCAUCCUCCACCUCCUCAUCCUCAUCAACUUCAGCUCCUGCAGCGAAGAUUCAAAAUCGUUGUCCAGCGUCUGACUCCUCUCCAGGAUUUUUAAGGAGCUGAUUUCACCGGGUGGUCUUCUCUCGUCUCCGGGGUCAGCGCCAUGGCGUCAGCAGCUCUGGAGCUGAUGGGCUUCUUCCUGGGCCUGCUGGGCAUGCUGGGAACUCUGGUCGCCACGGUGCUUCCAUACUGGCAGAUAUCGGCCCACAUCGGCUCCAACAUCGUCACGGCCGUCGCCAACAUGAGAGGCCUGUGGAUGGAGUGCGUCUACCAGAGCACGGGCGCUUUUCAGUGCGAGACCUACAACUCCAUGCUGGCCCUGCCCUCUGACCUCCAGGCGUCCCGUGCCCUCAUGGUCAUCUCCAUCGUGCUGUCCAUCCUCGCCAUCGCCAUAUCGGUCCUGGGGAUGCAGUGCACGCUCUGCUUAGAAGGAACGGGCACGGUAAAGAAUCGCGUAGCGGGCACCGGCGGGGGGUUGUUCCUCGCCGCCGGCUUCCUGGCGCUCAUACCCGUGGCGUGGACCACUCACGAGGUCGUCCAGACCUUCUACAGGCCCAAUCUUCCCGCCAGCAUGAAGUUCGAGCUGGGGGAGUGUCUGUAUGUCGGCCUGGCGUCGUCGCUCAUCACCAUGCUCGGGGGAGGGAUGCUGUGCGUGUCGUGCUGCGAGGAGCAGGACGGAGGACGCGCGAGGCGUCAGGCCGGAGGAUAUCCGUAUCCGAUACCAGGCAGCGGCGGCGUGCCCGGCCCGGGGGUACGGACAACCUCACAGACGUACCGAAACCCCACCCUGCAGGUCGGGGGCGUCCACGCGGCCAGCAGGGGGCAGACGCUCGUCCGCAGUAACACAGGAAGCUCACAGUCGAGCGCGCAGGCGGUGCAGGGAGCCAAGAAGUCCACUGCGGCAAGAUAUGACAUCACAGGAUACGUCUGAGGGGUACGCUCACUCCAUCAAAUGUGGCCCCAUGACGUUUGAGGUUAAAUGUUGGAACUGUAUGCUUAAUGGAGGAAACCGUGGCAACUGUAUCCUGAGAAUCUGGUGAUGGGACGACGUGUUCAGCGGCCUUUCUGUUCCCUGUGGAGGAUCCGUUUGACAACCUCAACAAGUUUAAACUGGAACAAAGUAUUUUACAUAUUUGUCUUUGUUUAACCGUGUCACGUUCUUCCAAUACCUCACUAGCGACUCCUCUACAACGAAGACGGGUCAUAUCGAUGUGCAGACUAUAUGAGAACAUUUUGUAAAGUCGGGUUUUCAUGGUUCCAGAUUUUUUAAACUUUGAUUCAGGCUAGCUAAAAAUCUAACAAUAUCGAUACCAGAUACAGAAACAGAAAUAAUAACCCUAGGCACCCAAUAUCCACUAGUUCUUGGAGGCAAAAAAAUGCUGUCUGUUUAAAUUGAAUAAGUAUUUUGGCAACAU